AUGAAAGCCGCGGGUCUGAAUACCUUGCAAACGUGAGUGAAAAAACAUAUCUGUUGGUGACUUUAAGUUUAAAAGUGAAUUACUUGUCCCAUAUAAUCCAGACCAAGAGAGUUUCAUCGCAAGGUCAAAAAUUGCCUCUGGUUUGCCUUAAAUUAAACAGCUUGGCGAAGAUACAUGUGAUUGUCAGUACCAAUUAUAUUAGCCCUAUCUUGAUCCUUUUCUCAACGAUUUUUCGUUGCUAUAGAAGCUGAAAUAUUCGUGGUCUUCGCCAGGCGUUGUUCGCUGAGAGAUUCUUGUCCCAAUCCCCUGCAUGGGAAUCUGAAAUGUUUUCGUUUGCGAAGUUAGUAAAUACACAUGUUAAUAAUAAAACCUGCUUCGUUUUAUGUAAUUGAAAAAAAAUAUAUAUAUCUAUAUCUAUAUAUAUAUAUAUAUAUAUAUAUAUAUAUAAUAUAUAUAUAUAUAUAUAUAUAUAUAUAUAUAUAAUUAUAUAUAUAUUGCUUGAGCUAAGAUCGAACCAGCUUUUUGGAAACAAAAUAUCAGGGUUAAAGAGUUCUUGCAUAACUCCACAUGAACGGCCACUUAAUUUUACGUCUAUUUGUUUGGUGGAUACCUCUUCACUUUGUUUGUCCCCCUUCUGGUGGUCUAGUGUUUGUUAAACCAAAAACAUGAAUGGUGUCCUAUCUGCGCCUUUUCAAGUCACACAAUUCAUUCUUCAUCAAUAAAUUAUUAGCCAAAUGAGGGCUUAAUUUUGUGUGUUGAUUCAUAGUUUCUAAAUCUUCAUGGCCGAGAAGCACCAUUUAUAGUUUUCACAUACCAUAUGCAGAAAGAUCCUGUAAAUUUUCAGAUGAGUUGACCCGGAGGAAAGAAAAAAUGACACCAUGAAGCUUCCAUGGUCAUUUCUAAUUGCUGUCAUUUUACUGCCAACAAUAUUUACAGGCACAGCAAGGAAAUCUAAAAAAAGGAAAAAGUGUACCCUAAGGAGAAGUUUUAAAAUUGCCUCUAAGGGGGACCAGUUUCUCAAGGAUGGAAAGCCAUUUAGAUUUAUCUCUGGGGAUAUGCACUAUUUUCGCAUCACAAGAUGCCAUUGGAGGGAUAGAUUUACUAAGAUCAAAUAUGCUGGCUUGAAUGCUGUAGCAACGUGAGAGUUGUUGUGUUUAUAAACGGUUAAAUGUAAAUUACAAGUAGAGCAUGAUUUUCAUCAUCGACCACAUCGCAGGUUGAUAGAAUUUAGUUUCUAGGAAGUUUUGUUAAAAGAGAAAAGGCAAUGUCAUGAAGAUUUUAUUCAUCAAUUUCAUUUUCUGUUAUAUUUAUGAUAGCACUAUCAUUGAUGUAUAUUUCAGUAACAACAAAAAAACAAUCAUUUUCUAUGAAAGACAAGUCCUAUGAUUUCUCACUCAAAGUUGCAGUUAACUGUGACAAAAAAAAAUCAUAUUUUUAACUUGUUAUUUUAAUAACUGAAUGUUUACAGGUAUGUUGCUUGGAAUAUGCAUGAAGCUCAAGAAGGAAAGUAUGAUUUUGAAGGAAACAAUGAUUUGGUUGGUUUCAUUCAGAUGGCUCAAUCUGUUGGACUUCUAGUCAUUGUCAGAGCAGGUUAGUUUGUUUGUUUGUGAUAUUUAGACAGGCUACGCAGUUCAGCUUCAAAUGGACACCUGUAUAAACAGUAACAAGGCCAGACUACAACACGGGAAGCUACAUGUACACACCUUAUGUAAAUACUUCCAAGCUGGCCAAUCAGCCAGCACAGAAAACAGUAUCAACCUGUCUGGUGCACAGUCACUUAAAAAUGAUAUUUGGUAGCCCCAGUCUGCUUGACAUGCCACAAUUCUUUCUAGAAAUGUUAACACCUUUAUUAUGCUAUAUACACAAAUGUUUAAAGUUACUAAUCAGCUUACCAUUUUACUUCAACAGGUCCAUAUAUUUGUGCUGAGUGGGAUCUGGUAAGCUAAUUUCCAUGGAUCAAAAAUACAAUUUUUACCACAAUUAGCAGCAUUCUUGCAAUCUCAAAGCUGCUUGCAGCAAUGUGUAACACAAUGAUCAUGUUAUUUGACAUUCAUAUUGUAAUAAAAACAUAUCAACAGUGGUUCAGCAUGGGCUCUACUCCUAUAUCUACAACAAUUUAUUUCAUCAUGGUGUCAAUAUUUUUGUGGAGUACCCUUAAGCCAGAGGUGAUUGGAAAUCAUUAGGGACUUGUCAGAAAUAAGCAGGGGGGGGGGGGGGGGGUGGGAAUUUUAAAUUUGGGUUCGGAAAUUAGGUGACCCAUCCCUGCAAUGGGAGUGAAAUUUGCUAACCCUCCCCUUGAGCUUGGCCUAAAAUAUCAUGACCCUCCCCCUCUUGUAUAAAUGAUUAUUAUUAACAACAACAUUAUUCAUAAUUUCAAUAAGACUAUAUAGCAUUGUUAUAAAUGAAAAGUACAUGUUUGUUAAAUUCUUGCUAUAGUACUUCACAGUUUAUAUCCAUAACGUUCUGUAAACCGUUGUAUUUUUCUCUUUUUUUUGCCAAAUAAAGAACUUUCUUUUUCUUCUGUGGGUGAACCUCUUCAUGAUCACAGGCAUAUAUUUGCAUGACCCUCCCCCUUUUAACUGCCCAUUUUUCAUGACCCCUCCCUUUUCUGAGGCUCAAAAAGUUGUGACUCCCCCUCUGUUUCCACCCCCCCUCCCCCCCUGCUAAUUUCUGUCAAGUCCCUUAUCUCCAAAGAUUUUCUGAGUAAUAAGGCUUAAUGCAAAAAUUUCCUCAGUGCUUUCCCUUCCACAAUUGAAACUUUUUGCAAAGUGGUCAUUCACAUGAACUUUUCCUCUCUUUCAUGUUUUUAUUUGAGUGUUGGUUUUUUUUUUUUUGCCCCAUGCUGACAUGAGAUUGUGAUUUCAAUCUGCAAGGUUUAGAAAUUUUUAGAUAAAUUAGCAAUUCGAUUCAUCUAUAUUAGUUAAUUCUUAAUUGAAAAAUGAUAAUGUCUCUGUCAAUUUUCAGGGUGGCUUUCCUCCCUGGUUGCUUAGAAAUUAUACAACGGCAAAAUUGAGAUCAUCUUCAGACAAAGGUUGGGGAGGAAUUUUCUUUUGUUUCAUAGUUUGUUCGCACAUAAUUACCCAAUUAUGUUCAUUUAACAUGACAAUUACCAGUAACAAUCAUUCACUAAUUUGGAAGUAGUCUGAGGUAAAAAUUUUGAGUUUAAGUUUUAAUCAAAAUGAAUAUUAAAAUUGAUUUGAAUUAACCCUUUAACUCCCAAGAUCUCAUUAGUAAUUCUCCUUACUGUCUGCUAUAUAGUUCUUGUGAUGUUGGUUUGGAGAAUUUGGCAUUGAAUCAACUAAUAAUCCCCUAGUUGAUCUUUUUCUUUUUUCUUGUCACUUGUCUGCUUCAUAGAGUAUUGAUAUUGUAAGGAGAAAUUCUGUCUUGGUCACUCAUGGGAGUUAAAGGGUUAAGAUUGAGAUUAAUAAGUGUUAAUUAAAAUUGUUUUAGUAUAAUAACCACUCAGAAACCAAAGGAUUAAUUUAUUUCUGUCAGGAUACAGAAGAAAUGAUCGGAAAUUAAACCUUUGAUGCACAAUUUUGUUUCUGGUUGCUCAGAGGGGGUGAACAGCACAGUUGCUUAUCACUUCCCAACAAAACAUUAGUGUGUGCAAAAACUCCUUUUCACCUGUGUGGUAUAUACCAAUGCUAUAUACUUAAAUUACUUUCACAAAACCUUACAAGGAUUCAUUUAAUUGGUGCAUGAAGUUGACAAUAUCAUUUACUCAUUUGGAGGUCAUAAGUUAUCAAAACAAACAAUCCCCCUCCCCCCUCACCCUCCACACACACACACACACAAAAAAAAAAUUAAAAAAAAAAGGAAAAAACCUGUUAUUCACUUAGGUUGUCACCUGCAUGCUUUGAUUUUCUGUGGAAUGCCAUGGUUUUGAGUUUCUAAAAUUUCAUUCAGUAACAGAUGAUGACAUAAUGACAACAGGUUCAUUUAAAGGAAAAAAAAACAGAUUGAAACUUUAAACAAAAAAAACACUAACUUAGUGUUAUUACCCUUUUGCUACCUUGAGUGACUGAGACAGAAUUUCUCCUUACAAUAUCAAUACAAUACCAAGCAGACAAGCAAUGAGAUUAAAGAAAAAUAUAAAUUAGGGGAUUAUAGUAUGAUCCAAUACCAAAUUCUCCAAACUUGAAUGAUAUAAGAGUGGUAUGGUCGUAAGGAGAAUUACUAAUGAGAUCUUGGGAAUAAAAAUGUUAAUUCAUUCACCAAAUCAAAAUCGUUUAGUCUCUCAUGACUAGAUCUGUUUGUAAUUUCCUGAUAGGUUAUAUUGCUGCAGUGGAUCGCUGGAUGGGUGUCUUGCUUCCAAAGUUAAAGCCACUUUUGUAUGCUAAUGGGGACCAAUCAUUGCUGUUCAGGUACCAGGCUCCAUUUAAGCCAUGUAAUUUGACAGCUGCUGUCUAUAGAGUGUUCUGCCAGUGCAGAGCCCUUUCUAAGUUCUGCAACAAUCGUUCUUGCAGUGAUUAGGUCAUUGAGGCAACUAAUUACUUAAGAACAAUUUAAAUGCCUCCAGGUUCAAAAACUGGCCCAGCAUUUUUAAAUCAUUCAGUCAAGCUCCACUCACAGAUGGUAAAAUGUGCUUUAAGAUUCAAUAGGGCUCUGAGAGCUUACAUAAUUAAAGAUGAUGGAACACCUAUCACUGAUGGCAAAUUGCAGACAUUGAUGAUCAGUAUCACAAAACAACAGCUUAUAAAUUUUAGCAUAUAGGUAGUCUCCUUCACAGGGGUUGUUUGGUCUCAUCACACAACAUACUCUCUUGUGUGGGGUAGUGAGUGUGUUGUGUGACAAGACCAAACAACAGCUGCAAAGGAAACUUAAACCUAAUGGCCUAUCUGGCUAGAGCAUAUCCAGGUUUCUGUAGCAAGAGACAAACAAUGUCAAUGCAACCCCCUUGGAUAGUAUACAUUUUACCAAUCCAAUUUGAUGGUAUGAUCAACUGAGUUGAUUUAAGAGUAAAUUGACCGCUGUAAAGAGUUUCAAGGCUGAGAUUUUGAACAUUAGCUCUUCAUCAUUUGCUCUGAUGUAGGGUUAACGCUGAAAACAUCAGCUUUGAAACUCUUUACGUUGGCCAGUUUAUGUUAUCAACUCAGUUGAACAUACCAAAUUGCCCUGUUACCCUCUCUCAAUGACCAAGCACCACAGUUUCUUUAGAAAGUCACCCCCUUUAUCAAUUUGCUGUUUACCUCUCAAAAUUUUAUAAGGUCCCCUAGACAGUUGGUAGGUACUCAUUUAGAGUUCUGGUUAGAGAUAUGCACUGUCAGUAUAGCCUGUGCUAAUUUGCUUUAGAACUCGAUGUUAUGACGAAGAAAAGAGUCAAAUUGGGACCUCUCAUUUUAUAGUCCAUGCAGUGCACUGACCAUUGUGCUGUUUUUAUUGAGUGUACACGGUAUCAAGCAAAUUUCUGUGCUUGUGUGGUAGAAUGACAACAGAAUGAAAUUUAUCAGAUUGAAGGACAUAAAAUAUGAAACGUAAAGAAAAUGUUUGUCAAUGCAAUCCAUGUAUAGUAUCAAUGCCACUCGAGAAUUUACCUCAUGCAAUUUUUUUUGUGUGCACUUUUAACCCUUAAACCCCUAAAAAUGACUAGCAUCUAAUUUCCUCCUACAAAAUCACUGAAUCAAGCAUAAAAGUCUUGAGAGUAGAGGAAAUGAUCACCAGCUAUUAACCAGCUCUUGAUUGUUAAACAAAUUCUCCUUUUCAGCACCUUAGGAAAUGUAUAGGGAACAGUAUAGAGAAUGAGCAUACUGCAGAUGUUAGGGUGUGGAGGGUCAAUGGUUUUCAAUAUCUUUUCAAAGGUAGAGAAUGAAUAUGGUAGCUACUUCACCUGUGAUCACCAGUAUAUGUCUCAUCUUCAAGAAGUGUUUGAACAACAUCUUGGUAAAGACGUUAUACUAUUUCGAUAUCUUUUCACAGGUAGAGAAUGAAUAUGGUAGCUACUUCACCUGUGAUCACCAGUAUAUGUCUCACCUUCAAGAAGUGUUUGAACAACAUCUUGGUAAAGACGUUAUACUGUUUACCAAUGAUGGUGCUAACGAUAAAAUGCUUGAAUGUGGAUCACUACCUUCUCUGUUUACUACAGUGGAUUUUGGGCCAGGUAAAAAUAAGAAUCUUCAAUUCCAUUAUGAUAUAUUAACUGACUCCCAAGAUCUGAUUGUUAAUUCUCUCCUAUUGCUGCUACACAAUUCCUUGUAUCUUAGUUACGAGAAUUUGGUGUAAGAUCAAGAUAAAAAACUUCUUCCUGAUAGGUUUGAGUAUUCUCAUUAACCAUUUCCCAGAAAACCCAUGGGUAUCAUAGAGAGAAGUUACGUUUUAGUCACUUCUGGGAGUUAAAGGGUUAAACCCUUAAGUGAGACUAGCAUCUAAUUUCUCCUACAAUAUCACCCCUGAAUCAAACAUUAAGAUCACAAGAAUAAAGGAAAUGAUCACCAACUAAAAGAGAUUUGUGAUUGAUAUACAAAUUCUCUUCAUGAGCACCUUAGGAAAUGUAUAGAGAACAGUACGGAGAAUAUGCCUCGUGAUGAGGAGUUGAUCAAUUAUGGUUGACAGUAAUUUAUUAUGGAGUUACCCUUUUCAGUCAUGCCUUAAGAAUUUAUAUUUUUUUGUAACCAGUAAGACCCCAUUUGAAUUGCGUUUUCUCAUGUUUGCUGGUCGUUAGCCUCUAUGUAAGUGAUUCAUGUGCUGCUAACCUCACAACGCAUGAGCUACCCUGCCGAUAGAUCAAAACAAUCUGACCUUAUGAAUAAAGGGGGUAAGUUUCUAAAGAAACUGUGAUGCGGCCGGCGUCAGUGGGAGAAUAUAACAGGGCAGUAAUUUAGUUUAUCAACCGAGUUAAUAACAUAAAUUGGCCACCGUAAAGAGUUUAAAAGCUGACGUUUUGAGUGUUAGCCCCUCGUCCAUCGCUCUGAUGAAAGGCUAACGCUCGAAACGUCAGCUUUUAAACUCUUUACGGUGGCCGAUUUACGUUUUCAAGUCGAUUUGACCUUAGAUCAGAGUUUGUAUAUUUAUUUCUUGCCCCAUUGAGAGAUAAACACCCUAAUAUCUCUUAUUUACAGGAGUUGAUCCUGCAGUUCCUUUUAACCUCCUGCGAAAAUAUCAACCCAACGGACCUCUGGUGAAUUCUGAGUUUUAUCCUGGCUGGCUUGACCACUGGGCUGAGCAACACCAGACAAGGAAUGCAGCAGAAUUUGCAAUUUACCUUGACAAAAUCCUUGCACUGAAUGCCUCUGUUAAUAUGUACAUGUUUGAAGGUGGCACCAACUUUGGUUUCAUGAAUGGUAUGUAGGAAAACAUGGUAGCUGGCCAGUCAGCUACCAGCAAACCUGUCCCGAUUCGUCUCAGAUCUCCCCGCAGGCGGAGAGAUGCGCGUCCUGCAACGCUAAUGAGGGUCUGCUGGCGUAGAUACGAGCAGUCCCCCUCUUCGGCGAAUUCCGUUCCGCAAGUAAAAAAGAAUCAGGGAAAAAGGGAGGCGCUACUUUUCGAGCGUCUCACUCCAAGGGCUCCCCGCGUCGCUGAUUUUUUUGUUUUGUUUUGUUUCGCACGACGGACCUCUCCGAAAGGAGGGACUGUCCAUGGUCUACUACUAGCUGGCAAUUUUUUUACGUUUUUCUAACAAACCACCAUGGUACGGAGAGAGGCUUAAAAUGUCUUCUAAACGACACAACGCUUUUGAAAAAAGAGUCUAGUGCUCUUGCCAUGAAGAGAAGUUUUGUGUCUUCUCUACCUACACAGGAAAGAUAUCCUUAGAUGAAAAUUAAGAAAUAGUUCUUUGAGAGGGAUUCGACUAUAUUUGUUGUAUUUUUUUGACUUUCUUGAUAAACUCUUAGGAGCCAAUGGCUAUCAAGAUAGUCGCGUCUUCCAACCACAGCCUACCAGCUAUGACUACGAUGCUCCACUGACCGAAGCAGGAGACCCCACUACAAAGUAUUUUGUAAUUAUGGAAACCAUCGCUAAAUAUACCACAGUCCCCCCAGGUCCUGUCCCUCCCCCCACGCAGAAGUUUGCGUAUGGAAAGGUCAAUAUGACCAAAGUAAGUAUACUCAGAUUCUCCUUGCUUGUUUUGUUACUAUUGUCUGGGUUGACGUUACGGUUUUGGAGUUAGAGUAGAUGCUGGAAGGCAGACCCACUGUAACAUAGAAACUUGUUUUGUGUUAUAAAGAAGCAAAUAAAUUGCUAAUAGUGACGUCAUUUAUGCAUCUGUCCUCCAAUAGAUCAUAACUGGGAACCAGUUAAAUUGGUAUAGGUAAUAACAUGAUUUCGACUGCAAUUUGGUGUUAAUAAGCACAAAUAAAAUUUCAAUGACAACAAAAUUGCACGAGUCUGUAGCGUUCGCGCGCUAUUUGUAAUUUGCACCCAUUACAACUUUGCACUCGUGUUGCACGAGAAUGCACUCGUUUUCUCCCAAUCAGAAGUGCGUAAUUUUUCCAUGUACAUCAUUACGCGCGUAAUUCAGCCUAUCAUAUUUCAAAGUUAUUGGUCAUGCAAUGGUUUCUGAAAGGACCAGCACGUAGAAAAGUGCUUAGAGUGUUUCUUCGGGGUGAUCAUAACUUUUGUAUUUAAUUGCAGAUCAGUUCUAUUUUUGAUGCCCUGCAUUUCCUUACACGAUCUGGACCUGUUUCGAGGAAUGAUACUUUGAGUAUGGAGCAGAUCGGGCAAAACUAUGGAUUUAUCCUGUAUCGAACGAUUAUACCCGUCAGUGGUCCUGCAGCAGACCUAGGAAUCCCUGGACUACGGGACAGAGGAAUUGUGUUCGUGAACCAGGUAUGUAAUACAAAAGUUGUUGAUUCACAAUUUCAGCGUAAUGCAUUCCUUUGAAAAUGCGAGUUAAGUGAACUUGGAAUUUUCUACACACAUUCUGCCAUUUAGGUCACAUAAUUACGCGUUGCUUCGAAAUUUGUUCUUUUUGGUUACAAGAAAGACGAGUAGUAUUUAAAAGAUGAAUGAAUUGGAAAGAAAAGCGAAAGAAUCGUGAUAAAAACGGAAGUGUAGUAACUUUAACCAGGGUUAUUUCUGGGUUUCCGUCAUCACAAACUUUACCUCAUUCUGACGCAAUGCGUCUUUUAAGGAGAUUGUUCUCCGUGUGCCCAGAGGUUCAGCAAGGCAACUCUUUAACAAGCAAUAAAUGAAAAUAAAUAAAUAAAUAAAUAAUUGAUAUAUUUAUUGAGAAGUUCUUAUCUGUGUAGGUCCGUCAAGCGACACUUAUUCGAGUAGGUGGAAAGACCAAUGCCACCAUAGAAGUUAAAGAAGGCGCAACCUUGGACAUCCUGGUGGAAAACAUGGGCCGGGUUAACUACGGCCCCCAUUUACAAGACCCAAAAGGGAUCCUUGGAAAUGUGACCCUUAACGGUGCGGUCCUCAGAAACUGGACCAUAUACCCACUGCACCUAGACGAUUUUGUUGGUCGUAAAAAGUCUUCAUUGAUCAAGCUCAAAAGCAAAAGUAGUGUUCAAAUCCCAUCGUUUUAUCAUGGGAACAUUCCCCCUGCACCAGAAGGUAUCCCAAUGGACACGUUUCUCAAACUUCCUGGUUGGUUUAAGGUGAGAUAGACAGUUGCCUACCUCUUAGAACAAAUGCAAAGUGUGUAUUUAGUUAGUUUAUUCGCGUAUGUCUUUUAAAAGACGCAGUAUUUAUUUGCAAAGGUUGAGAAACACCUUUAGCCUCGUUCCCACACUUAUCUGAUUGCAGUUGUGGGUAGAUUGAAAGCGCAGAGUGUCCUUGCAGUCACUCCUUCCCUCUUUCUAUAUAUAUAUAUGUUUAAGAAAGAUGUUUUUCGUCUUGUCACGAGCGUGGGACAAAGAAAAAAUUCUGAGUUCCCAUGAGGAAUCGAACCUCAAACCUUCGGAUUCCGCGUUCCUAAAGAUGUUCUUCGUCUUGUCACGAAGAACCCGAAGGUCUUAGGUUCUAUUCUCAUGGGGACUCAGAAUUUUUUCUCUGACCCACGCUCGUAGCAAGGCCAAAAACAUAUUUCUUUAUUUCUUUACCGAGCUCAAAAACUUAUCAUCUCUCUUAAUAUAUUAUGUAUAUGUUGUCAGUGCUUCUCAAUUUUUUUUAUCAGCGUACGGAAAAGUCAAAUGUUAAUCACUCCUAAAAGUUUUCUCAUCUUUUAUCUUGCUUUUACAUGCCAGGGUCAGGCUUUUGUAAAUGGAUUCAACAUUGGACGUUAUUGGCCAGUGGUUGGACCCCAGAUCACCCUGUAUGUCCCAGCGAGCAUCCUUAAUUCGGGUAAGGAGGUAACCGAAGUUGUUCUCUUGGAACUAGAUAACGCUCCUUGUGAGGACCCCAAGGGCUGUUUUGUGGACUUCGUGGAAACACCUGUGAUUGAUGGACCUGUGCGACCCAUGACAUCAAAGCAAAUUUUGCCAGAUGCGGUUUACGACGACUGGACUGCGAAAUAUAAGGACUUUUUACCCUCGUACGUCAAGACAAAGAAGCAAGUUUUAGAUAUCCUCAGUUCUCGGCUAUAGAUAAGAACGAUUUAAAGUUGUGUGAAUCCUUUAAACCCGGUGAAUGACCUGCUUGUAAUUUCUCCUCACGGUAAUACAGCUGAGUCAUUCGUUAAGAUCACGAGAAUAAAGGAAAUGAUCACCAGCUUGGAUUGUUAAACAAAUUUCCCUUGUCAUUAGAUUCAACUAGAUUAGAGUAUAACGAAUAUGGAUACUGAUGUUAGGGUGUAAUGGGUGAAAUGAAUAUUUUCAACGAAGAUACGACUGCAGACAAAUUGGAAAUUCAAUUGCUGCUAAUCCAAUUAAAUAAGAUAAAUUUAUUUUUGGUGAGGACUUGUAUUAAAUUUUACUUAGUAAUUACAAUAAGAUAUAAAGAAAUUCUCCUAAGGUGAACUACAAACAAAAAAUGUGAAAUAGUUAGUGAGGUGAUAAACUCUGAAGGGGUUUUGCGAUAGUGUAAUUCUAAUAUUUAUGGAAACGAAAAUAAUUGUAUUUGUAACGUGAUAAACACGGGUUGUAAUAAUAUUUGGAACGAUGAUGCGGUCUUAUUACGUAAACAGAGAUAUUUUUAUGCUUAACAUUUUAGGAAAAACUUUUGAUAGGAUCAACAGUAAUAAAAUGGGUAGUAAUUUCAUGAUUUUCUGUUGUUGGUCAAAUUCUUAAGCAUCCUUUACUACGGCACGUUAUCGGGC